CAGCGACACGGCCGGCUAGAGCGGCCAGUGCGCGGCCCCGCUUCCGCGUCCGUCCGGGUGGCGUUCCGCUUGCGGCAAGGGUCGUUGCGCUGCUCCUGAGCCUAACCACUGGUCUCUGGAUAACAUUUGGAGCUUCUAAGUUAGCACUGACCCCGAGUUCUGAGGCUCCAGGUGCAAUGACUCAAGCAGAAAUUAAGCUGUGUUCUUUGCUGCUGCAAGAGCAUUUUGGUGAGAUUGUAGAAAAAAUUGGAGUCCACCUAAUCAGAACUGGAAGCCAGCCACUUAGAGUGAUUGCCCACGACACAAGAGCAUCAGUGGACCAGGUGAAAAAAGCCCUUUGUGUCCUCAUCCACCAUAACCUGGUGACCUAUCACGUUCAUAAGCGCGGCGUGGUGGAGUAUGAGGCCCAGUGCAGCCGGGUACUGCGGAUGCUGCGGUACCCCCGGUACAUAUACACGACCAAAACGCUGUACAGUGACACCGGAGAGCUGAUUGUCGAGGAGCUCCUGCUGAAUGGCAAAAUGACAAUGUCCGCCGUCGUGAAGAAAGUAGCAGACCGGCUCACAGAGACCAUGGAGGACGGCAAGACCAUGGACUACGCCGAGGUGUCGAGUGUGUUUGUGCGGCUGGCAGAGACUCACUUUGUACAGCGCUGUCCCCUGGUCCCUGCCGCUGACGGCUCUGACCCUGGGCCGCCACCGCCUGCCCCAACCCUUGUUGUUAAUGAAAAGGACAUGUACCUGGUUCCCAAACUGAGCUUGAUAGGAAAAGGUAAGAGGAGGAGAUCAUCUGAUGAAGAUGCUACUGGAGAGCCCAAGGCCAAGAAACCAAAAUUCACAGAUAAGAAGGAGCCCAUCCCAGAUGAUGGAAUUUACUGGCAAGUCAACCUUGACAGGUUCCACCAGCACUCCCGUGACCAAGCGAUUGUGAGCGCGGUCGCAAACCGAAUGGACCAGACAAGCAGCGAGAUUGUGAGGACCAUGCUCCGAGUGAGUGAAAUUACCACUCCCUCCAAUGCCCCGUUCACUCAGCCUCUGUCCUCCAAUGAGAUCUUCAGAUCCCUGCCCGUCGGCUACAACAUCUCUAAGCAGGUUCUUGAUCAGUACCUCACACUACUGGCAGAUGACCCACUGGAGUUUAUUGGAAAGUCUGGCGACAGCGGCGGAGGGAUGUAUGUCAUCAACCUCCAUAAGGCGUUAGCAUCCCUAGCCACUGCAACUCUGGAGUCGGUAAUCCAGGAGAGAUUCGGGUCUCGCUGCGCCAGGAUAUUCCGUCUGGUAUUGCAGAAGAAACACCUGGAACAGAAGCAGGUGGAGGAUUUUGCAAUGAUCCCUGCAAAGGAGGCGAAGGAUAUGCUGUAUAAGAUGCUCUCAGAAAACUUCAUCUCACUCCAGGAAAUUCCUAAAACACCAGACCAUGCCCCGUCCAGGACCUUCUAUCUCUACACUGUGAAUGUGCUGUCAGCUGCCAGGAUGUUGCUGCACAGGUGCUACAAGAGCAUAGCCAACUUGAUAGAAAGGCGGCAGUUUGAAACAAAGGAGAACAAGCGGCUCCUAGAAAAGUCUCAGCGGGUAGAAGCCAUCCUUGCGUCAAUGCAGGCCACGGGGGCGGAGGACGCGCAGCUGCAGGAGAUAGAGGAGAUGAUCACGGCCCCUGAGCGGCAGCAGCUGGAGACCCUGAAGCGCAACGUGAACAAGCUGGAUGCCAGUGAGAUCCAGGUAGAUGAAACCAUCUUCUUGCUGGAGUCCUACAUUGAGAGCACCAUGAAGAGACAGUGACCCAGAAGAACCAAGGCUGGGAUCAGACUCAGGGGCCUUCACAUGCUGGCCAGCGGACACUACAGCCCCACCAGGAACCAGCGCCCUUCUCAAAAGAUGUGGGAGAUACGGGAAGGGAAGAAGGUGCUUGGAUGCUUUCCUUGCAGUGGGAUCAGUUGCAGGUUCUUGCAGUUUGUUUGUUUGUUUGUUUUUUAAUUUUUCAAGACAGGGUUUCUCUGCAUAGCCUUGGCUGUCCUGAAACUCAAUGUGUAGACCAGGCUGGCCCCAAACUCACAAAGGCCUGCCUCUGCCUCUGCCUCUGAGUGCUGGAUUAAAGGCGUGCACCACCACGCCUGGCUAAAUUGGAGAUUCUUGUACUGAUGAACCGUAUUCCUGUCCUUCUGCGCUGCUCAUGACACACCUGAAAGAGGACAUUCUCCUCUCAUCAAAUCCCCACAGUGGGAAGAACCUUAAAUAAAUGAGAUUAAUCAGAAA